UCAGGCUGCACAGGAUUCAGGAAGUUUGUGAUUUGAAGAGUUGGGCUUGAGCUAGCUGAGUCUUCUUUGAACGACUUCUUCUUUCUCAGUUCAAGAUCAUUUUCUCUCACCUGACCAAAUAUUCCGUGUAAAUCUACCAGAAGACCCUGUCUUCAGGACUCUUGCAGCAAUGGCGGGCAUGACAUCUAUGUACGUCGUGAAGAGAGAUGGCAAGAAGGAGACCGUAAUGUUCGAUAAAAUCACGUCGAGGAUCUCCAAGCUUUGCUAUGGCUUGAAUACAGAAUUCGUUGAGCCCGUGGCAAUCACGAUGAAGGUUGUGUCUGGCGUGUUCAGCGGUGUGACCACCGUUGAACUCGACACGCUGGCCGCGGAGACUGCAGCCUGCAUGACCACCCGGCAUCCGGACUACGCCAUCCUGGCCGCCCGCAUUGCCGUCUCCAACCUGCACAAGGAGACGAAAAAGACCUUCAGCCAUGUCAUGGAGGACCUGUACAACUAUGUGAAUCCCAAGAACAAGAAGCAUUCACCUAUGAUCUCCAAGGGCACCUGGGAGAUUAUUGAGGCCAAUACAGACCGUUUGAACUCUACCAUUGUGUACGACCGCGACUAUCAGUAUCAAUAUUUUGGCUUCAAGACUCUGGAGCGCUCCUACUUGCUACGCAUCAAUGGCAAAGUCGCCGAGCGUCCUCAGCACAUGCUCAUGCGUGUAGCUGUCGGUAUCCACCAGGACGACAUUGACUCUGCCAUUGAGACCUACAAUCUCUUGUCAGAGCGUUGGUUCACCCAUGCCUCUCCAACCAUGUUCAACGCCGGCACUGGACGCCCGCAGAUGUCCAGCUGCUUCUUGCUGCAGAUGAACGAGGACAGCAUUGAUGGCAUCUACGAGACACUGAAGCAGUGUGCCAACAUUUCCAAGUGCGCCGGUGGAAUUGGUCUCGCCGUGCACAAGAUCCGAUGCUCCGGCAGCUACAUUGCUGGGACAAACGGUGAAUCCAACGGACUUGUGCCCAUGCUACGCGUCUACAACAACACGGCACGCUACGUCGAUCAGGGCGGCAACAAGCGACCAGGUGCCUUUGCCAUCUACUUGGAGCCAUGGCACGCGGAUGUCUUUGAGUUUCUGGACCUGAAGAAGAACACUGGCAAGGAGGAGAACCGCGCGCGUGACCUCUUCUACGCCCUGUGGGUCCCCGACCUGUUCAUGAAGCGUGUCGAGGACAACGGUGUCUGGAGCUUGAUGUGUCCCAACGAAUGCCCAGGCCUUGCCGAGACUUGGGGCGCCGAGUUCGAGGAAUUGUACACCAAGUACGAGGCCGAGGGACGUUUCCGCAAGCAGAUCCAAGCGCAAAAGCUGUGGUUCGCUGUCCUGGAGUCACAAGUUGAGACCGGUACACCGUAUAUGCUGUACAAGGAUGCAUGCAACGGCAAGAGCAACCAGCAGAACCUUGGCACGAUUCAGUGCAGUAACCUUUGCACAGAGAUUGUGGAGUACACCGCUCCAGAUGAGGUUGCUGUGUGUAACCUUGCUUCCCUGGCCGUCAACAUGUUCGUGAAGCCAGGCGGAACCUACGACUUCCAGAAGCUGCACGAUGUCACCAAGGUUAUCACGCGUAACCUGAACAAGAUCAUUGACAUCAACUAUUACCCAGUUCCCGAGGCCCGUCGUUCCAACAUGCGUCAUCGCCCCAUCGGCAUUGGCGUUCAAGGUUUGGCGGAUGCUUUCCUGCUGAUGCGUUUCCCGUUUUGCAGUCCCGAGGCUCAGAAGCUCAAUUUGGAGAUCUUCGAGACCAUUUACCAUGCCGCUUGCGAGGCAUCAUGUGAGAUCGCAGAGAGACUCGGCCCAUACGAGACCUAUGAGGGCAGCCCGGCAAGCCAAGGGAAACUGCAGUAUGACCUAUGGGGAGUCACACCCACAAAGCUCUGGGACUGGGAGACUCUGAAAGCGAACAUUGCAAGGCACGGACUGCGUAACAGCUUGCUGCUUGCACCGAUGCCCACCGCAUCCACCGCUCAGAUCCUGGGCAACAAUGAGUCCAUUGAGCCAUACACCUCCAAUGUCUACUCACGGCGUGUGCUGUCCGGAGAGUUCCAGAUCGUCAACCAGCAUUUGCUGAAGGACCUCGUCGAGCGCGGCUUGUGGUCAGAGGACAUCAAGCUGAAGCUGAUCGCUCACAACGGCUCCGUGCAGAGGAUCGAUGAGAUCCCAGCAGAUCUGAAGGAGCUCUACCGCACUAUCUGGGAGAUUCCGCAGAAGACGCUAAUCAACAUGGCGGCCUCCCGCGGUGCGUUCAUCGACCAGUCUCAGUCGUUCAACGUCUUCAUUGCUGAGCCCAACUUUGGCAAGCUGACCAGCAUGCACUUCUACGCGUGGAAGAAGGGCCUCAAGACCGGCAUGUACUACCUGCGUACUAAGCCUGCUGCCAGCGCCAUUCAGUUCACCGUCGAUCAGGAGCGUCUCGCCAAGCUGCAAGCCAAGAAGGCGACUCCCGGCGAGGCACUAACCGAGGACGAGAAGACCGAGCAGGAGGCCGCCAUGGUUUGCUCGCUGGAGAACCGCGAGGCGUGCGUCAUGUGCUCCGGCUAGGCCAACUGCUGUCCCCUUUCUCGCUUGAUGAUUAUGAGAUGGGUGAGCAUGAGAAGUGCGUGUCGUGCCCCCUGUGAGUUGCCUGCGUUGGCAACAUAACGGCGACCUCUACUUCCUCGCACGGUGUGAACUGCAGGCUCCGGGGGAUUGCUCCCGGCAUUUGUACAUACUGAUAUAUGAACUUGGUCCGGACCAUCCUAGUCUAUUUGCUACACCACAGAUAAGAUCCUAUUGCAUUGCUGGACUUUACUUCUAGAUACUGAUGUUAGAUGCUAUCAACGCUGUUUCUCAAUCUAUAUCUAUACCUAUCUUCUUACCCUCUCCUAACUCUGCAACAACGCUUUGUAGUAGCGUGACAACCCUUUGUUGUCCUGUCUAAAACUUUAAUUGGCUUCCUCUUCGCAAUGGUUUUCUACCAUCUCCCGGGUAACGUUAGGUCCAUGUAUUCGGCAGUAGAAGCAGUUUUUUGUUUUGUUUUUUAUUGUGGAAUUUGCGGCUGGCUGCAGAUCUCUCCGCUUGGUCUUUGAUGAAUGUGUUGCAUUAUUUGUUUAUUGCUCUGUCAACACAUUGUCAAAAGGUUUUAAUACGCCUCCUCUUCGCGUAGGCACUCCUUUCUCCAUUGAUUAUGAUUGCUCAACCCUCAAUGGCUCUUUGUUAUUAUGAGCAAGUUGCUGUUCUUGGCCGUUCGUCGCAUGGUGCGAUUGAAUGCCGGCCAAGAAUAGAAAUAACGCCA